GUGGGUCCCUCUGCCCCCGAGGAGGGCUGGCAGGUGUACAGCUCGGCUCAGGACUCUGACGGUCGCUGUGUUUGUACGGUGGUCGCUCCGCAGCAGACGGUCUGCUCCAGAGACGCCCGAACCAAACAGCUGCGCCAACUGCUGGAGAAGGUACAGAACAUGAGUCAGUCCAUCGAGGUUCUGGACCAGCGGACUCAGAGAGAUCUGCAGUUUGUGGAGAAGAUGGAGGUUCAGCUGAAGGGUCUGGAGAACAAAUUCAAACAGGUGGAGGACGGACACGAGAGCAACAUCGCUCGACAGUACAAGUCCAUCAAAGCCAAGAUGGAGGAGCUGCGUCCUCUGAUCCCGGUCCUGGAAGCCUACAAGGCGGACGCUCUGCUGGUGAGACAGUUUAAGGAGGAGGCGUCCAACGUGACGGAGCUGCUGGGCUCGCUGCAGGAGCAGCUAGGAGGACUGGACUACCAGGAGCUGCACAGCCGAGUCCUGAACCUGGAGGAGCGGCUCAGAGCCUGCAUGCAGAGGCUGG